UAAUAUUUAAAAUAAUAAUAAGAUUUUAAAAAGAAAAUUAUUGUUUUGUUUCAGGGUAGCUGUUGAGAAUACUGAGGCAAAACCCAAAAUGGUGUCAACUUCAUUGUCAGAAGCUGAGAGACUGAAGCAGCGAGCAGAGAGGUUUGGUGUGGUCAAUGAGGACAUGAAGAAACAGUUGAGAGCUGAAAGAUUUGGAGGGAGUACACCAUCAUCCAAGAUAUCUAUAUCUGGAACUGGGACUGAUACAGAAGUCCUGAAGAAACGAGCUGAAAGGUUUGGUCAAGUUAUAGCACCCACAUUGUCAAAGGUAGACGAGGCAGAAAAAAUAAGAAAGAGAAAAGAAAGAUUUGGAGACGUGACAUCGGUAACAAACAACGGACCAAACAAAGCUAAACUGGUGAAAGUAAAUGCAGGUUCUGCUGAAGAGGAGAAAAAGAAGAAGAGAGCUGAGAGAUUUGGGAUGUCCUGAACCUAGCAAUAUUUUAUGGAUGACCUUUAAGCAAAACGUUGAGAAAUAAGCAAUGUAAAUUCAUAGCAUCGGAAUCUUAAGGCAGCUAAAUAGGAGGUACUUAAAUUAUCAAUCCUUCAGUGUUUAGGUAUUUAAAUGAUGACUCAUUAAGAGAUACUUAAAUGACAGGUUUUUAAUGCAUAGAUACUUUAAUGAUCAAGCAUUAGAAGGUACUUAUUUAAGUACAUAAUUGACAAGUCAUUAAAUAUUCAGACACUUAUUUGAUUAAUCAUUAGAUAUUUAGAUACUUAAAUGAUAAAUCAUUAAGAGAUGUUUAAGUGACAUAUGAUCUUAAAUAUUUUGACACAAUCAUUAAAUAUUAAAAGUACUUUAAGAAUGUAUCAUCUCAUAUGUUAGUACUUAAAUUAUGGACCAUUCUGUGUGUUGGUACUUGAAUAAUGGUUUAAUAGAUCUUACCAGUAAUAUACUUAAAUAAUAGAUCAUUAAAUGUUUAGGUGUCAUUGUAAAUGAUGAAUCUUUUGAUAUUCAGGUGCCUAAAUUAUGGGUUGUUAGGCUAUUUUAUAUUGUAUGUAUGUAUGCUGUAAGGUUUUAACAGGUCAUGUUAAAUCAAAAAAAAAUUACAGUUAAAUCUAUCAGAAGUUAAAAAGAAUAAAACAGACAAUAUGAAAAAUACAUCUAAAACUUGAUGACAUGGUUUUAGAAAACAAAAAAAAAAAUGUAAAAAAAAAAAACCGCUACAACUUCAGCAUUUAAAUUAUUCAUGAAAAGUUUAUUUUUAAAAAGAGGUGGGAUUUAAGGCAACAUGGUGGAAUUUAAAAAGGGCAUGACGAGGUUUCGCCAGCUUCUCUAUAGAAAUAACACUAGAGUCAUACUUUGUAUGUUAACCUGAACAGUAUCCAGCUGAGAUGUGGAAGGUUGGUGUUUCUACCCUAUCAAGGUUCUCAUCAAUGCUCAGAAUAAUGUCCAAAGGGGCAUCUUGUGUCUUCGCCCACCAGUAUAGCUGUAAAUUCUCUAUAUGACUUAAACUGUGUCACUUAUACAGUGCUUUCAAAGAUCAGUGAGAAUUGUUCUAAAGGGAAAUGAACUGGUCAGUCAAUCAGUUAACCAACCAAUGAUAGGAAAUAGUAUUAUGAGGUAACUUUGAAAUGAUACUAGCCGAAAACUAAAUGAAACAAACAAAACGAAAAAUAGAAUAAACUGUUUGUGAAAAACUGACGAAUCACUUACUGUGAAAUCAUAAAUAUUUCAUGGGGGACUAAUUUUCGUAGAUUUCGUGGUUGAGAAAUCCACGAAAUUUAAUCCCAAUAAGUAAAAUUCCCAUUAAUUUUAUGUUCAAAAGUUGAAAUCCACGAAUUCAUAUCCCCACGAAAUAGCCAUUUUGACCAAAUCCACGAAAUUUCAUGCCCACGAAAUUAUAUGAUUUUACAGUAGUUGUUCACUGAAGUUAUUUUCUUAAUGUAUGCAAUAUUGCAAGAACAGGUCACAUAUAAUGUUUUUAAUAAAUAGACAGAUAGAUACCUUUUAUUUCCUCCAACAUAUGGAGACCAGAAUAAUUCAGUGUACACAAUUACACAACAUGUGUGUGAAAAAAUAGUACAACGUGAUUGACAAGGUACAUUUGGGGUAUUGUAUUUGAAACAGGGAUUGUGUCAGUGAACAAAACGAAUAUUGUAUAUUUUUCAAGCAUGAUAAUAUUCCUAACUUAACAAGCUAAAUAAAUUUAGUAUCGCUAUUGAACCUACAUGAUUUGAAUAUUCUGAUAUCACAUACAUGUUCUUUAGAACUAAGAAAGAAAUAACUUGCUACCUUGACUGUGAUUCUAUAAACAAGGAAAACUUAUAAGAGUAACCUAGCUUCUAAAUCUUAACCUUUAAGCUCCUGCCGGCAAUUGAUUCUGCUUUGGCGACCAGUGCGGAUGUGCAGGCUAAUCAGGGUCUGCACUGUUCGCUAUUCAGUCAGUAAAUUUUCAGUGAACAUCCCUUUGAAUAAUAAAUGGUAUUGCCCAAAUUGGAUGAUGGACCAGUCCAUUUUUGAAAUUUAGCAGGGUAAAGGUUAAGAUUAAAGAGUUCAUUUAUCAAUGUGGUAAACAACAGAUUUAAAAACAAAAGGAUAGAAAAUCAUGUGGUUUGUUGAUGAGGUAAAAUUUUAGUUAUGACAAAUCACUGAUUAAUCAAACACACCAUCAUGUAAUAAUCACCAUUCAUUAGUAAUUUUAUGAAGUCAGAAAAAUAUGUAGUAAGUGACAAACAACAGGUGAAGUUUCAUCACAGAGAUAGAAAUAGGAAAGUACAUGGUGGAACGGUUUGGGUCUGUGACUCCGAAUCAACUUACCUCCCCUGGAUCAGUCCUCAUUGAUGUGGUUGAAGUUUUUUUCAUGUAAAUAAACCAUUGUGCUGGCUUGUGAAAUGUUUGUGGUUCUACUUGGUUGCCUGACCAUAUGUUAAAAAAUUGCCAGAAAGGGGCAUUAUGGGUCUUGAAAGUCUUAAUCAUGGCAAUUUUUUCCAAUACCUGAAUAUAGAGGAUAUUACAAGAGUGUCUUUUUGAUAUCGAAUAUAUUAAACGAGUUGAGUAAAAUAAUAAAUUGCGAGGCUCUGCAGAGCAUUUUAUCAAUAUUACUCAGCUCGAUUAAUCAAUUCAGUGUGGAAAGUCACAAAUGUAAUAUUAUUUUAUCACAUUAACAUAAAAAAUUCUAGUUUCUUUAAUUAUUAUAAACACAUCAAUUUGACCAACGUCUCCUAUACUUUAAAUGAAGUUGACGUCAAAGCUUUAUUACAAAAGUGUAUUAUCAAUUUUUAUGUAAUGGCUUUAUUUCACUCCAGCAACGUCAGAUAUGUGAUAAAAGUGUAGUAAUGAACAAGUGUAAUGGCAAAUAAGUGCAGUGAUGGUAACUUACAGUUUCAAAACCAAAACAAAAAUACAAAACAAACCCCUCCCCCCCAAAAAAAACCAGAGAACAUAAGUCCACAGGUAUAACGAUUUUCUAAUGACAUUUAAUUGAUCAAUUAAACAAGCAUAUAUGUAUUACUGGUUCAAAAAAAAAAAGAACUUCAGUCACCUGUUCUGCAUGAGGAAUAAGUGUUAAACAACAACCACCACCAUUAUAUUGUCAUCAACUUCAUCAUCAUCAUUGCCAUGAAAUGGUUUUGAUCUUGAUGCUAUGAAUUUAUAGUGCUUUCUUGGAGCAAGUACAAGUGUUGAGACAACAACGGCAGCCGAGAACUCGAACUCCUUUCGAAGGACAUGGAUUCUUGAUUUUUCUUUUUUAAUUCCUAACAUUAUUGAUUUUAUGCUGUUCUUGUUUACACAUUCUUAUGUUGAGUCACUGUCAUUUCAUAUUGUUUAAACUCUUAACACAAAGUAUGUUAUAAAUCUGUUUUUAUGUACUCAAGUCUAUGCAUGUUAUUAAUAUUGUUGUGCUACUGUAUCUAAAUGUUUAGAUACAGUGAAAUCUGUCUAGAGUCAACAUCACUUGGAAAACUACGAAAUGUUUCUUGUACAGCAGUUACCCUAGAGAGAGGUUAGUGUGCUAAGUUUAUGUAAUGAGAUGCUUGUAGAGAAAUGCUUGUCUGCCUGUUUAGCUCAGUAGGGAGAGCACAGGUCUAAGGAUUCAUGAGUUUGAUUCUCAGGUGAGGCGUAUGUUCUCUGUAAGGAUGUGAUAAUAGGCAUGGUGUCAGGAGACAUUUAGUCUGCUGAGAACAGGUUAGUACUAGUACAGAACCAAGGAACUCUGGUUAGGUUAUCUCUCCGCCGUUACAUGACUGAAAUACUGUUGAAAAACGGCGUUCAAGCUUGUUUGUAAGUACAGUCAAACUGAGCAUUGGAUUAAAGCUGCAUAUAACUUGAGACCUAAUUUUGCCUCUCCAGAUGUGGUUUUCAUACACAGGUUUGACUGUACAAAUUGGCGUCUUGGUGCGCACUUGGUAGGAUUCUUUGUGUUAUGAGACUUCAGAAUGGCUAAUUUGGCAUCAACAUUUUAUAAACCCAGAUAUUUUACCAUAUACUUCCUGCAAGCCAAUAUUUGUAGCAAAAUGAUUUAGGUUUAUUAAGUUAUUAUUGUAGUCUCAGGUAAAUAAUCCAGUAAUCAUAUGUUGGAGCCUUUAAGUAAAGCAGUAUAGAAAGGCUUGCAAGGGUUGUAUAUAAUUUUUUGAUAAUUGUAUCUUGAAGUAGCAGUUCCAUAAUGACCUAAGCAAAUCUAUAUUGUCAGUACAUAUUUUCAAAUAUUACAUUAUUGUUCAGCCUUACGUGUAUCUCGUACAAGCACAUUGUUUCUUACAACUGUAGAGCGUGAAAAUUGCAUGCAAAGAAUAUUUGAUAUAACUCAAAUUGUUGAUUGUAUUUGUCACUACAGCAAAGGAUUAAGAUGGAGGCUUGAAAAAAAUUUAACAAAAAUCACAUCGAUUUUUGAUUGGUGUAAAAUGAUCAGAUGUGUUUUGAUCUGUAUUUGAACUGAAUCUGAAUGGAAUAACUUGUAUUGGUUUAUAUUUAAAAUUUCAUAUUAAAGGCACUACUUUUAAUACUGCCAUGAACUUUUACAGUUAGAGCCACAAAGGGAGGUAAUAGAAAAAUACAUUCAGUAAAACUUUACUAUAUUCGUCAGUAUUCAUACCUUUGACAAAUACUAGAGAAAACACUUAUUGGAAAUGGGAUUUAAUAAAUUAAUAUAUUUUAUGUUCAUAAUGGAAAAUCUCGCAGCCACAUUUUAAACAAAGACAAUAUGAGCCUUUAAAUUGAUAUUUGUAGUGGAACAACAUGUAUUCAUUUAUAUUUGAAUUUAUUUGUAGUGGAACAACAUGUAUUCAUUUAUAUUUGAAUUGAUUCUGAGUGAAAGGAAAUGACACUCUGGCACUUUUUUGCCUGAAUUUAAAACUGAAUUCAAAACUUAUUGAACAUUAUAUUGUUUUGGGGUGACUUUAAACCCAACAUAAUGCACACUUUAUUUGAAUGUACUACAGUAGAAAUGUAAAAUGUACCUGAAUUUCAUCACAAAUACACCAACUACUUUUUGUGAGAUUGUAAAAUGUUGUUAUUACUGUUUCAUGCGAAUAGAAAUGUAUGAUCUCUACAUCUUAAAUUUUGUACGCAUGUUAGUUGGCUACUAUAUGAAAUUAUCAUAUAAUGGUUUCAGUGCUUUUAAGCAGAUUUCAUGUGUUCAGUGUUUUUAUUAUGUGUAUAUGGACAGGAAAGAAAUCAAAGAACAUCAUACUUUGAUAGAUUAAGGUCUAACUAUGUGUAUAUUGAGUUUGUUUUAAUCUCCUAAAACAGGCUUUAUUUAAACAUGUACCUCUGCUCAUAAAGUCAUGAGUUAUGGCCCUUUGGAUGUGUUUUGAAAUACAUGUUUUUUUGUUUUUUUUAAAUCAUGUAUUACAAAAAUCUUAACAUAGAUUCUUACCUGCAAAAGGAUGGGUUAUAAAUCUCUCUUAUUUGUAAUAAUUUCUUGUUCCACACUAUUGUUUCUGGUAGUUAUUCUUGUAACAGUAAAAAUGGUAUUGUACUUUAAAAGGGGAUUAUCAAAAUGUAAUCAUGGUUCGAAUGAACUCUUUUUGCCAUCUACCAGAUUUAUUUGAUUGUAGAUUAUACAUGACGGGUCCUGAAUUCAAGUUAGAAAGCUGCAGGUUGUUAUUAGACCCAUUUGAAAGGAUGAAAGAAUAUUUUAUCCAAGGGGACAUAGUAAAGAAUAACCCCUCUCUCCCUCUCAAAACGUUAUUUGAAAAUGCCAAUAUUAGAAUGUUGGACUUGGCAGUUACUGCUAGUAUCAACAUAAAUAAAUAAAUAACCUUUUCUCUCUAUUGACUGGAGCUUAAAUUGUGUUGUGCAUUUUGGUUAAUCUUGUUGCAGUUAAAAUUAAUUUCUCUUAUUGUGAAGUUCUAAUGUGAUUUGUCAGUCACUGAGAUGUAGAUAUGCAUCUGUUUUAUUGUAGCCAGCUGAAAAAAGUGAGUUUUAUACUUUUUGAGAUAUAAUUAAUCAUUUUGCAGUAAAUUAAUGAUUAAUUGUGUACUUUACAAGACACACAAAAUGUCAUGAAUUUCUCUAGUAUACAGUCUGUUUGAGAAAUUGAUAGGGAAUUGUCUUGAAUUUCAAAACUUAGUUUCUAGUUGUUUUAGAAAAAGUUGCCAACAAUAUGUAUGUCACUUUACAAUUGUAGAGGUAGACAUAUUACUGUAAAUAUGAAAAAAUAAACUGUUUUAUAAAUAAAGAAUAAAAUAA